GCGGGGCGGGAGUGGGGCGGACGCAGUUCCGGGGGCGUCGGCCCAAGGAGGGGACGUGUCCUUCCGUUAGACCCGUCACCGAGGGAGCCGUCGCAGCCGACGGGGCAUGGAGCUCGAGACGAUGAGCAGGUACACCAGCCCGGUGAACCCGGCCGUGUUCCCCCACCUCACCGUGGUGCUCCUGGCCAUCGGCAUGUUCUUCACCGCCUGGUUCUUCGUCUAUGAAGUAACCUCCACCAAGUACACACGGGACAUCUACAAGGAACUGCUUAUUUCCCUGGUGGCUUCACUAUUCAUGGGUUUUGGCGUACUCUUCCUACUACUGUGGGUUGGUAUCUAUGUGUGACAGUAAAGCAGGAGCUGUUUCAGGUCCCGGGUAGAAGCCUUACUGAAGCUCCUUUUUCUAUUUUUGUACUUAAUGUGGCUCAUCACAGGGGAGGAGUAUAUAACCCUGACACACGUUUGUAAUCCAAAGGGCCCUAACAUCGAGCUCUAAUAAAGUUGGCUGUGUGAUGUGCUGAA